CCACAUUUUGAUCCUCAGCUCCCAAAAAGCCAUGGCAAAAUCCUUCGAUUCCGAAACCGGAACCUACACGUCCCCCCGGCCUCCGGUCCACUUCCCCGAAAACCCCAACCUCUCUCUCACCUCCUUCCUCUUCCAAUCGUCCUCCUCAACCCCUCACAGCCUCGCCCUCGCCGACGCCGACUCCGGAGAAACCCUAACCUUCCUACAGCUCAAAACCCUCGUCUCCAGGCUCGCACGAGCUCUCAUCCAAUUACACAUCAACAAAGACGACGUCGUCCUUAUCCUCUCCCCCAAUUCCAUCCACUUCCCCGCCUGCUUCCUCUCCGUCGUCGCCAUUGGAGCCAUUGCAACCAGCUGUAAUCCUGUCUACACUGUCUAUGAACUCUCAGACCAGAUUAAAGACUGUAACCCUAAGCUCGUCAUCACCGUCCCGGAACUCUGGCACAAAAUCGAGAGCUUCAAUAUUCCAACAAAGUACUUCUCCGAUUUGAUCAGAACGUCAGACUCUAUUGCCGAUUUACCGGCGGUUAGUGUCAGACAGAGUGACGUGGCAGCGCUGCUGUACUCAUCCGGCACGACCGGGAAGAGCAAGGGAGUAAUUCUAACGCACCGGAACUUCAUUACGGCGUCGUUGAUGAUAACGUCUGACCAGGACCGUUUCGGGGAGCCAAAACACGUGUUUUUGUGUUUUGUUCCCAUGUUCCACAUAAUGGGGAUGUCGGUGAUUCUUUACUCGCAACUCAGGCGAGGCAACGCCGUCGUUUCGAUGCCUAAGUUUGAUAUUGACAAGGCGUUGAAGGCGGUGGAGGAGUACAGGGUCACUCAGUUGUUCGUCGUUCCGCCGGUGAUGAUUGCCCUGGCGAAGCAGAGUGUGGUUAACAAGUACGACUUGUCGACGGUGAAGUUAAUCGUGUCUGGUGCGGCGCCGCUUGGGAAAGAAUUGAUGGAAGAUACGGCAAAGAAUAUUCCUCAGGCUGCCAUUGUUCAGGGAUAUGGGAUGACGGAAGCUUGUGGAAUAGUUUCACUUGAGAAUCCAAGAGAAGGAUCUCCAUUUUCCGGUUCAACCGGCAUUCUUGCUCCCGGAAUCGAAUCUCGGAUAAUUAGUCUCGACACCAGUACCCUCAAGGCUCUUCCACCUAAUGAAUUAGGAGAAAUAUGGGUUAGAGGACCAAAUAUGAUGCAAGGUUAUUAUAAUAAUCCAGAAGCAACGAAGUUGACCAUAGAUAAACAAGGUUGGGUACACACUGGAGAUCUUGGAUACUUUGAUGAAGAGGGAAGAUUGUAUGUUGUGGAUCGACUCAAAGAGCUCAUCAAGUCUUAUGGUUAUCAGGUUGCCCCAGCAGAGCUUGAAGGGCUUUUACUUUCUCACCCUGAAAUAUUGGAUGCAGUUGUAAUCCCAUUUCCAGAUGCUAAAGCCGGUGAGGUUCCGAUUGCUUAUGUUGUUCGUGUACCGAAUAGCUUGCUAACUGAACAAGACAUUCUAAAAUUUGUGGAGAAGCUGGUUGCACCAUUCAAAAGAUUGCGCAGCAUAACUUUUGUGACCAGUGUCCCAAAGUCUGCUUCCGGAAAGAUUUUGAGACGGGAGCUUAUACAGAAAGUUCGAUCAAACAUGUAAUUUUAGUGUGUCCUUUAGCCUUACCAGUGUAUGUUUGUUCACUUAAUAAUAUGAGCAUAUGCUAUC